ACACAACAGAAACCAAAACCGAAAUGGCAAAACGGAAGGCCUUCUCUUUCCUCCCGUCUCUCCUCCUCUUCCGUCGACGCUACAAACCCUAACCAGAAUCCCCUCGAAACCAGCCGAGAAUUCUAGUAGAGGAGGCCAUGCAAUCGUGGGGAUUGGGGUGGAAGCGCCCCUCCGAGAUCUUCCACCUCGCCCUUGACUACGGCGAAUCCGACGCCAAUGCCGACGACGACGACCACCACCUCCCCCCCCGCCCUCCUCCUCCACCUCCUUCCCCUGUACCUCCGCUUCCUCCGUCACCGCCUCACCCUCUCUCCCCCCACAGCCUUCCGUCCGGGGAACUGGGGUUCCGAAUCGAACUCGACUGGACCGCUGGCGACGACGAGGAGCAGAUAGCCCUCCGCCUCCGGUCCCAGCUCAUGGCCUCGCUUCAGCCACCGCAGGAUACGGUGGUGUUGGAUCUGCAUGGGGACGAGGAGCUCGGCUGCGUCGGGGUGGAGAUGAAGGUCAUCAAGCGGCGGGAGCCCCUGAGAUCGGUGCGUUUGUCCAAGGUGGCCGGGUCGGGCCAGCAGAACGAUGGGGCCGGCGUCCUGACGCGGUUGAUUCGGUCCAAUUUUACGCCAUCCGCGCCCGCAGAUGGGGUUCAGGUGUUGGUUGAUCACUGGAAGAGUGUGACGACGCUGAGCCUGUGCGGCUGCGGCUUGUGGGUAUUUCCAGUGGAGCUAACAAAACUGCCACUUCUCGAGAAGCUAUAUCUUGAUAACAAUAAGUUAUCACUUUUGCCACCAGAGCUUGGUGAAUUGAGAAAUUUGAAGGUGCUAAGAGUUGACAACAAUAUGCUUAGUUCUGUCCCUGUUGAGUUGCGGCAAUGUGUUUUGCUGGUUGAACUAUCACUGGAACAUAAUAAACUUGUGAGACCACUUCUGGAUUUCAGGUCAUGUAGCUGGAAUAUUUGUUGUUAUCUUGUCAUGUUGUUUUGUGUCUCUCAGUGUACUAUUAGCCUUAACAUUUCUCUUCAGCUCUAUGGCAGGGCUAUGGCUGAGCUUCGCAUUCUGAGACUGUUUGGUAAUCCUCUUGAGUUUCUUCCAGAAAUUUUACCGUUGCACAAUCUUCGGCAUUUAUCACUUGCUAAUAUAAGAAUUGAGGCAACUGAAAAUCUGAAAUCAGUGAAUGUGCAUAUAGAGAUGGAAAACAGCUCCUAUUUUAUUGCAUCAAGACACAAACUCAGUGCCUUCUUCUCUCUAAUUUUCCGUUUCUCUUCAUGUCAUCAUCCUUUGCUGGCCUCUGCAUUAGCUAAAAUCACGCAAGAUCAUACUAAUCAUGUGGCUAUUAGUAAAGAAGGGAAUGCUAUACGGCAGCUGAUAAGUAUGAUAAAUAGUGAUGAUCGGCAUGUGGUUGAACAAGCAUGUUUUGCUCUCUCGUCACUGGCAGCUGAUGUUUCUUUGGCAAUGCAGUUGAUUAAGUCUGACAUUAUGAAACCUAUUGAAUUACUUUUGAGAUCAAUUGACCAAGAAGAACUAACCUCUGUAUUGCAAGUUCUGGCCACAUUAGCAUUUGCCUCUGAUAGCGUUGCACAAAAGAUGAUGACAAAGGAUGUACUCAAACCUCUCAAAGCACUUUGUGCGCAUAAGAGCACAGAGGUGCAACGUCUAUCAUUAUUGGCAUUAGGCAAUUUAGGUUUCUGUUCAGAAAAUCGUCGCAUUCUAUCUCAAUCUGAAAGCCUGCAUGAACUUCUAUUACGCCUUACAGUUACACCUGUGCCACGUGUGAACAAGGCUGCGGCACGUGCUUUGGCAAUUCUUGGUGAAAACGAGAACCUGCAGCGAGCAGUAAAAAGAAAGCCAGUGGGAAAGCAAGGACUGCGUAUACUGUCAAUGGAUGGUGGUGGUAUGAAGGGCCUAGCAACAGUUCAGAUGCUUAAACAAAUUGAACAAGGAACUGGAAAGCGUAUUCAUGAAAUGUUUGACCUGAUAUGUGGUACAUCAACAGGUGGUAUGCUUGCAGUAGCUCUUGGUAUUAAACAAAUGACCUUGGAACAAUGUGAAGAUAUAUACAAAGAACUUGGAAAACUUGUCUUUGCUGAACCUACUCCUAAGGACAAUGAAGCUGCAACGUGGAUGGAGAAGCUUGAUCAGCUCUUCAAAAGUUCAUCACAAAGCUUUAGAGUAGUUGUACAUGGUUCAAAGCAUAGCGCAGAUCAAUUCGAGAGGUUGUUGAAAGAGAUGUGUGCUGAUGAAGAUGGUAAUCUUUUAAUAGAAUCUGCUGUGAAGAACAUUCCAAAAGUAUUUGUAGUAUCUACUCUAGUUAGUGUGACACCGGCUCAACCAUUUGUAUUCCGAAAUUAUCAGUAUCCAGUUGGCACCCCAGAGUUGCCAUUAGGAAUGCUUGAAACUCCUGCAGUUACUACAACUGGAACAACUGCCUCUGGUGCACAAAUUGCUGGCCGGCGUGGUGCUUUUAUUGGGAGCUGCAAGCAUCGAGUAUGGGAAGCUAUAAGAGCAUCCUCUGCUGCUCCGUAUUACCUUGAUGAUUUCUCAGAUGGUGUAAAUCGUUGGCAAGAUGGAGCAAUUGUAGCAAAUAAUCCAACCAUAUUUUCCAUAAGGGAAGCACAGCUUUUAUGGCCUGAUGCACGCAUUGACUGUCUGGUUUCUGUAGGAUGUGGUUCAGUCCCAACCAAAGCUCGAAAAGGUGGCUGGCGUUAUUUGGAUACCGGACAAGUGUUGAUUGAGAGUGCAUGCUCUGUAGAUCGAGUGGAGGAUGUGUUGGAGACUUUACUACCAAUGAUUCCUGAAGUGCAGUAUUUUCGGUUCAACCCAGUUGAUGAGCGAUUUGAUAUGGAGCUUGAUGAGACCGAUCCGGCCAUCUGGCUUAAGUUGGAAGCAGCAACAGAGGAGUAUAUUCAAAAAAAUUGUCAGCUUUUCAAGAAUGUCUGUGAGCGGCUGGUUCCACGAGAAAAUGAAGAAAAACUAAUUGAAGGGUUAAAUAGUCAACAAUUUUCUAAGUCAAAACCAUCAAAUACAGGGCUCGAUGAAAGCAGCCCUCAAUUAGGAUGGAGGAGGAUGGUGCUUCUUGUAGAGUCUUCAUAUAGUCCUGAUAUUGGAAACACUAAUUAUCAUGCCCGGUCUCUUGAGAAGUUCUGUGCUAGUAAAGGCAUUAGGCUCUCUCUGACAAAUCAGACUUCAGGAUUUUCCAAGCCUGCAACUAGGUCUCCUACAACAUUCACAUCACCAUUAUUUACUGGAAGCUUCCCAUCAAAUCCACUUCAACGUAGUCCUGAAUGUGGACCCCAGCGAAUUAAUCAGAUUGAUCAUGUUCCACCUCUUAGCUUGGAUGGUCAUCCAACUGGGCUAACAUCCAUGUCACCACCGGCAUCUCCAUUGGCUUCAUUGCAGCCUUCUCUACAUGCACAAUCAAUAAAUGAAAAAUUGCAGAAUUUGCCUCAAGUAGGCAUCAUACAUUUGGCUCUUCAAAAUGACUCAACAGGUUCAAUACUAAGUUGGCAGAAUGAUGUGUUUGUGGUCGCUGAACCAGGCGAGCUUGCAGAUAGAUUUCUUCAGAGUGUUCAAUUGAGCCAGACUUCAUUGGUGCGAGGAAGAAAUAGAAUGGAAGCUUAUUCCUUAGCUAAGGUUUCAUCUGUUGCUGACCUGGUUACAAAAUGGCGAUGCUUUCAUGUUGGAGGUAUACUCCACCGAUAUAUAGGACGCCAGACACAAGUAAUGGAGGAUAACCAAGAAAUUGGUGCAUGCAUGUUUCGGAGAACAGUUCCUGCUGUUCGCUUGACAUCUGAAGAUGUUCGUUGGAUGGUUGGAGCAUGGAGAGGGCGAAUCAUAAUAUGCACCGGAAAGUAUGGGCUUGCUCCAAGCUUGGUGAAAGCUUUCCUAGAUUCAGGCGCCAAAGCUGUUGUCUCAUCGUCGAUCGAGCCUCCUGACAUGAAGUCCAUACAGUUCCGUGGCACAAGUGAUUAUAAUGGCUUUGAGAAUGGAAGGUUUGAGAUUGGAGAUGAAGAGGGCGAACAAGAACCAGUUAGUCCCGCAAGUGACUGGGAAGAUGGUGAUGGAGAGAAAGGUGGUGAACACUCGAUCAGCUGGAAUGGUGACUACGAAGAAGAUCUAUCUGAGUUCAUAUGCCAUUUGUAUGACUCACUGUUUCGCAAGGGAUCAACAGUAGAUGUUGCUCUGCAGAACGCUCUCUGCUCCCAUCCGAAGUUGAGAUACAGUUGCCAUCUGCCAAGUACACUUUAGUCUUAGCUACAAAUAAGACAUUAUAUGCCUACUAGAUGAAAUGAUAUGAUUACACAAGAUCAAGAACUGAGAAAUUUUGUUUAUUUGUUCACAGUAGAGUAUAUGUUAAAGAAAGGUACAAUUUUGAUUCAA